AUGUUUGACUUAACUAACGUUGCUCAACAAACACUAGCGACUGUGACUAAAGAAUUAUUAGAAUUGGAGCUAAUCGUAGUAGCUCCACUACUGUAUCCCGACGAUACAUAAUCGCCUUUUGAGAAAAUGACCACAGCUCCUGAUAUGACAGCUGCAAUGAUGGAUAACUCACUAGCAGACAUUAUCAGAGAUAUCGGCUAUUCAUUUACUUCCUCAGUGGAAGACUGCAAGAACAACAUGCUGAAUUUUGGGACGCGCGAGCCAACGGCUAUAGACGUUGCCAGAAUGAUCUCCUUAAUGAUCAGAUACCACACCACAAUCCAAGAUGGCCCACAAAUACAAACACCGGGCAACUAUUGGAUGACACAUGAGACUAAAAAAGAAACGCUGAGUCUUAAUCAUGGGAAGACAUGGAACCCUGAUAUAUUCGUGCAAACGCUCAAGGAGCUCGCCUCUAAUUUGAAUUGGAAGGAAGUAAUACUACAACUGGAUAAUCCUGAAUUUCUAGUUCCUGACAGGCAAGGACUGAGUUUAUUGUUCUCGAUUUUACGUCUAGGCCUGCAGAGCGCAGGUUAUCCUGCAAACAUAUUUCCUGUUGACUACCUCUGUCGUCGCUGGGCCAAUUUGGAGGGACAAAUGAGCCUAAUCAGCACCAUCAUUAAACAUCCGGAUAUUUUCUGUUUCGCUGAUCAUCCUUUUCAUCCGGUACAGAUUGAACUUCUCAAGUCUCCACCAGAAACGGAGAAUAAGGAAAUAGCCUCAUGGCGAUGCCUUUGUUUGGUAGAACUUCUUAUAUACACUGCUGAGCAUGGCUACUAUAUACAAGUUCAUGAUUUACUCAAGUUUCCAUUACAGCACUGUCCCGAUAUCUUGCUGCUCGCUUUACUACAAAUACCACCACCUAUAACUGAUUUUAGGCAAGAGCUCAUGACGAUGCUUAUACCAAUCUUUUUAGGGAAUCAUCCUAAUUCUGGAACUAUUUUACAUCAUGCUUGGCACACACAAAAUCCCAAUGUAAAGCCGAUCAUAAUGCAUUCCAUGGCGGAUUGGUACAUACGAGGCGAAUGCGAUCAGUCAAAAUUGUCCAGAAUAUUAGAUGUUGCACAAGAUCUGAAGGCACUGUCAUUAUUAUUAAAUGUACAGUCUUUCUCGUUCGUUAUCGACCUAGCUUGUUUAGCAUCACGACGUGAGUACCUAAAACUUGACAAGUGGUUGACUGACAAGAUCAGAGACCAUGGCGAGAUAUUCGUAUCAGCUAUGGUUAAAUUUUUACAGAGAAGAUGCCCUCAGAUGCUCAUGAAACCAGAAGAACAAUUGCCAAAAGCAGCGCAGCUUCCUAACGAGACUAUAACCACAAUGUUAACUUGCUUGCAGUUGUGCAUACCAAACGUGCAACCAGAAUUGCAGGAGGCUAUAUACAACGUUAUCGCUAGCUGCCAACCGAUAUUAAUUAACAAAAGACAAAACAUCGGUAUAGCUCGUCCACACAAGAGAAUAAUAGAAGCAUCAUUUAAUCCAGCCAUAGGUUUAGGCGGGCAGUUGUUCACUCCGCACGUUGAAGCCAUCGCUAAUUUGACGACAAAUGUAGCUAACAUGAAUUUGGCAGCUCCGGCAAACACCGCUUUUCCUAUGCCGGGAACUUUUAGCCCGUUAGUUGCUGCACCAGGCUCACCUUCUCGAUUGAUGGGCGUAGCACCUAAUAGCCCUUUUGCAAUGAUGCCGAUACCCCAUAAUGCAAAUGUGGCCAAUAUGGGAGCUCUAGCCAGAAUGGCUCCUAUGCCACCGAUGGAAAAACCACGUAUUCCGGAAUCUAUACAUUUUCCUGAAAUGAUGCAUAAUGUCACAAAGGAAAUAGAAGAUGAAGUAAAUGGUUAUUUUCAAAGAAUAUACAAUCAUCCACCGCAUCCUACUUUGUCUAUAGAUGAAGUAUUGGAUAUGUUGAAGAAAUUUCAAGAUUCUCCAAAUAAAAGAGAACAGGGUGUGUUCUCCUGUAUGCUACGUAAUCUCUUUGAAGAAUACAAGUUUUUCCCUCAGUAUCCGGAUAAGGAAUUGCACAUAACCGCUCAACUAUUCGGCGGCAUUAUCGAAAAAGGACUCGUGCCAAGUUACGUUUCGUUGGGUUUAGCUCUACGAUUCGUGCUUGAUGCGCUAAGGAAACCGGAGGGCUCUAAAAUGUAUCACUUCGGCAUAGCUGCUCUAGAUCGAUUCAAAUCGCGUCUCAAGGAUUACCACAAGUACUGUGAGCAUGUAAGAGCUAUUCCACAUUUUAGUGAAUUCCCACCACAUCUGAUCGAGUACACCGAGUAUGGUCUGCAGAGUCAAGAACCGCCUACUAAACCUCAAGGUCCAGUUUUACCGCCCGGUUCAGCAAUGCUGAAUCAAGGUCCUGCUGUUGCUUCUGCGCCUUACAGGGCCGUCGUAAGCGCACAUUCGGAUAUGUCAGCUAUGUCGAAAGUCUCGAAUAGCGGACUUGGGGGUUUAGGGAGUAGACCUUCCAUUGCGAAUGCAACCAAUAUCGAUACGCUUCUUACUGCAACAGACAGGGAGGAAAAUAUUAAUUCUCCCCCAGAGGCUGUACAAGAUAAAACAGCCUUCAUUUUCAAUAACCUCAGUCAAUUGAACCUCCAGACAAAAUGUGAAGAGCUCAAGGAAAUAAUCACUGACGAGUACUAUCCAUGGCUAUCUCAAUAUCUAGUCAUGAAGCGUGCGUCUAUCGAAUUAAAUUUCCACGUACUGUAUUCCAAUUUCCUUGAUGUUCUUAAAAUUCGUGACAUCAACAAAAUGGUCACCGAAGAGACAUAUCGUAACAUCCGAGUACUGUUACGUUCUUAUAAAGGAAUUGCCAACUUUUCUGACCGUUCACUACUCAAAAAUCUUGGCCACUGGCUUGGCAUGAUAACCUUAGCACGCAAUCAACCCAUUUUACAUAUUCAUUUAGAUCUCAAAUCUUUAUUACUUGAAGCAUAUCACAAAGGUCAACAAGAGCUGCUGUAUGCGGUCCCAUUCGUCGCGAAAAUCUUGGAGUCUUGCUCUAAAAGCGUCGUGUUUCGACCCCCAAAUCCUUGGACAAUGUCGCUUAUGAACGUCCUUGCGGAACUUCAUACAGAGCAGGAUUUGAAAUUGAACUUGAAGUUUGAAAUUGAAGUCCUAUGCAAAAACCUCGGCCUAAACAUAACAGACCUCAAACCGACUUUAUACUUGAAAGAUCCCGAUAAACUCCGCUUAAUAGAGUUCCAGCUUUCCCAGCCCAAGCCGAAUAAUGAGCCGCCGAAUGCUAUACCGGUGCCUCAGGCUGUAUUGAUUCCUCCACAAGUACAAAUGAUGACGCAACCACCUAUGUUAAUGCCAGAGGACCUGGCCGUACCUGCAACGCCUACCGGGGCCCUUAUCACCAACGACCCCAGUAUGAUCGGCAUGAUAGAAUUACCAGAGCCCAGAUUUAGCUAUAUAGACAUCAAUGUCUCAUCAACUUCAGGCUUUGGUCAAAAGAUAAUCUACAACCCGCACAUUAUUCUAUUCCAAAAUUACCCACAUUUGAAACAGUUCGUUAGACCCGCAAUAGAGAGGUCAAUUCAGGAAUGGAUUCAUCCAGUAGUGGACAGGUCAAUGAAGUAUGCACUGACUACCUGCGAACAUAUAAUUAGAAAAGAUUUCGCUCUGGACGCGGAUGAAAUGAGAAUGCGAAUUUGCGCUCAUCACAUGAUGAGGAACUUGACUGCUGGUAUGGCGAUGAUCAAUUGCCGCGAGCAGAUCAUUACCACCAUUAACACCAACUUGAAGACCGCAUUCAUCACAGCCUUGAUGUCUUCAGCACCGCAACAGGAAGUCGUGGAAAGCGCAGCAGCAGUGCUAGCUACUGAAAAUAUGGAACUCGCAUGUGCUUUUAUUCAAAAAACAGCCGUGGAAAAGGCUUUACCGGAACUCGACAAAAGAUUGAUAAACGACUAUGAGAUUAGAAAGAUCGCACGGCAGGAGGGCAGGCGCUACUACGACGCUGUCGCGCUGUCCUACCAGAAUGAGAGAAUCUCGGAAAGGCUCCGUCUUCGUCUGAGCGGACCGACGGAUCUGCAAAUAUCUGUAUACGAAGAAUUCGCGUGCAAUAUACCAGGCUUUAUGCCUAUUCGAGAUGCGGGCAUGUUCAUUGCUAGACCAUCAGCAAAGGAACAGAUACCUCAGCUGACAUUCAGCCAAGUUAUGAACCCCACUCAGGUGUAUGGUGCGGAUGAGAUGACGGCGCUGAUCACGGCUGCAGACAUGUUCCUGGCGAACUCGGUCGGUGUACCAACCCUCACAGUACAAGCUGGAAACAUGCACGCAUUAUUGGAAUGUUUGUAUAUAGCGAAAAGGAACCGUGACAUUGCCUCUGGUUGCACUCUUUUGCAGAAGGCUGUUGAAGGUCUGCUAGAUGGGCACAUGGUCCAGCCUGCAGCCACCGGCGAUCAUCUGGAGAUGUUGACACGCUACCGCGACAUCCACGUCCGUGUACUGAAGCUGCUGGAGGACGGCCGGCUCUAUGGACAUGCGUGGACCACUAAGCAGAUCACCGGCUGCCUCACAGAGUGCAGGGAAGAUCUCAGAUACAAUAUAGAGGCUGUGGACUGCCUCAUCAGAAAUCAUUUGGUUAACCUGCACCAGUACGACAUCGCCAUUGCCCACAUGAUGGAAAACGGGGCUAACUACAUGUCCGUGGCGUUUGCAAUGCAACUGGUGCAGCUGUACCUAGUAGACGACAGGAACAACACGUUUGUGACCGAGGCGGACUUGUUCAAUACUACGGAUAUGCUCGUCCGCAUCAUGACGCACUCGCGACAACCCCCGCCGGAGGGGCUGGGCACGCUGAUCGAGAUGCUGAGGGUCAAUCAGGACCCUAGCGGCUAUUUGGGCGAGAGGUCACCCCUCGGACCGACUGCACAUUUACACGCGGGAAUUAUGGCAGUUCGUCAAUCACGAGAAUUCGAGGAUCCACCUGGUCUGCUAGAGAAAACAGAGAGCCUACUCCGCGAAUGGAGAACUCACAUGCUCAAUCCACAAACAGAGAUAGAGUUCGCGCAGAAUUUCAAUCUGUACGUCCACCGUAUGAACAUGAACGGCAUAUUGAAGUCGGAGGAGAUGGUCACUAGAUUCAUCAAGAUCGCCACGCAGAUGUGCAUCAAGAAUACGUAUCAACUGCUGAACGAGGAGAGGCUGAACCCACCCCAGGUGCCGUCGAAGAGGGAGAAGUUUUACACGAUGUGCGAUUCGUUCGUUAAGCUCGUGACGCUGCUGCUCAAGAAUACUGCGGACGGCGGCAACCCAACCCCCAAGCUGAACCUCUUGAACAAGAUAUUAGCAGCUCCCAUAUCACAGAUCAUUUUGUUCCUCGACAUGAACAUGGCGGAACCUGUUUUAGAGGCAAUGAGUUAUGUACUGACAGCGUUCUGUCACACACUACGCAUUAUCCGGCCCAGCAACGCGGCUGGGUUCAGCUUUGCUUGGCUCGAGAUUGUGGCACACCGCGCCUUCAUCAACCGUGUGCUGGCAGUGACACCGCAGCAAAAGGGCUGGGGAAUGUACUCGACACUGCUCAUCGACUUGUUCAAAUUCUUGGACCCGUUCCUGCGCAAUACAGAACUGGCGCCACCCGUCAUGAUGCUGUACAAAGGCACUCUGAAAGUACUACUAGUCUUGUUACACGACUUCCCCGAGUUCCUCUGCGACUACCAUUACAGUUUCUGCGAUGAAAUACCACCCAACUGCAUUCAGAUGAGGAACCUCAUCUUGUCUGCGUUCCCGAGGAACAUGCGGCUUCCUGAUCCCUUCACGCCGAACUUGAAGGUGGACUUGCUGCCGGAGAUCAGCCUACCGCCGCGUGCCGUCAUCAACUACACAACAAUCUUGCCGUCGUCGCAGUUCAAGCAGGAUCUCGACGCGUAUCUGAAAGCGCGUGCGCCAGUGACCUUCCUGUCUGAACUGCGUGGUAAUAUGCAGGUGUUAAACGAGCCUGGCCGCCGCUACAACAGCCAGCUGAUGAACGCGGUAGUGCUCUACGUGGGAACGCGAGCGAUAUCAUACAUUCGGUCCAAGGGGCAAACACCAAACGUGACCACCAUAGCGCACUCUGCACACAUGGACAUCUUCCAGAACUUCACUGUCGACUUCGAUUUUGAAGGAAGAUAUUUGUUCCUCAACGCGAUUGCCAACCAGCUGCGCUACCCGAACAGUCACACUCACUACUUCUCUUGCUGCCUACUAUAUCUCUUCGCCGAGGCGAACUCGGAAGCUGUGCAGGAGCAAAUCACGAGGAUGCUGCUAGAGAGGCUGAUCGUGAAUAGACCCCACCCGUGGGGCCUGCUCAUCACGUUCGUGGAGCUGAUCAAGAAUCCUAUCUACAACUUUUGGUCGCAUGAUUUCGUGCACUGCGCUCCUGAAAUUAAGAAACUUUUCGAGUCGGUUGCGAGGUCGUGCGUCGUUGACAAGAACGCUGUGGGAGGCGGCGAACGGGAGACUGGCGAGUAGCGCCGACCCAACUGGGAGUAAGUCCGGGAUCAGCACAUUGAUAGAAGGCUUCCAAACUGAGGCGCAGAAGAAUGAUGCCCCUCAAAACACAACAUCGUCACAACAGCAACUACCGUGAACCAAAUACGUCUUGCAGUGGAACAAGCUGUUUAAAAAGUAAAGAGUGGUAUAUCAACUGUGACAGUUAGGGUGCUGAACUAUAUUAAUAGUGAAAACUCAGUGAGAAUUAGACACUGUAUUUUAUUAAUAGUUAAAAACUCAGUGAAAAUUUGGACGCUGCAUUUUAUUAAUAGUUUAAAACUCAGUGAGAAUUAGGACGCUGCAUUUUAUUAAUAGUUUAAAACUCAGUGAGAAUUAGGACGCUGCAUUUUAUUAAUAGUUUAAAACUCAGUGAGAAUUAGGACGCUGCAUUUUAUUAAUAGUUUAAAACUCAGUGAGAAUUGGACGCUGUAUUGUAUUAAUAGUUAAAAACUCAGUGAUAAUUAGGACGCUGCAUUUUAUUAAUAGUUUAAAACU